UUGUGCCAUAUAAGCCGGUCGCCCCACACCCUGCCGUCACAACCGCAAGGGUACGCGAGCGAUCGCGAACGCCGCUCGCCCGGGGCGCCGCUCUUUCUCUUUUCUCUCUUUUUCUCUGUUCGUCUGUCUCUUGAUGCGGCCGCGCUGAGGCCGAUGCGGGCGCCGCCAUGCCGCGCUGCCUCAUGGCCAAGAAGUGGAAGGUGGCCCCGGGUGCGGAGCUGGCCGACGAGUCUGACGAGGAGAUCGACGUGGUCGGCGAGGGGCGCGGCCGCAGCCCAGCGCCUGCUGCCACCGCGCCGGGACCCUCACCUCGCGAUCCCGAGCCCACACUCCUCUAUAAUGGGUACACCGAGGAGCAACCUUCCACGCAGUUCACGGCCCAACUGCCGAGCGAGGUGAGCGCGGCCCCCACCGGCGCCAAUGACGCCUCCCCGCCUCUCUCUUACGCGCUUCUACAACUCUCUGCAUCUGACUCGCCAGAUCCACCCUUCCUGCAAGUGCCGCUCCAACCUUCUGUCUCCCCUCCCCCGCCACCGGCGAGCGGCAAGUCCAUCUCUAUGUGCUAUACCAGCACCGGCACGCUCCUUUCUCUUCCGCCGAAGAAAAAAGACAUCUACCGACCCUACUGUCUGGGCGAGCAGGCUGCGCACCUCAAUCGUGCUGAGGAAGACCUUAAUGCGGCACAUGCCAUCCUCGACUUGAGCCAACAUGCGGUGUAUCUGACCACUCCACGCGUGGAGCCCACCCCAGUUGCUCCACCUGAAUUGCCGCCACCACCACCUCCACCUCCGCCGCCACCUGAACCAGUUAUCGUCGAGGAAAUUCCUCCGCCGGAACCGACACCAGCACCCACAUCCGAAAAGCCGCGCGAGACCGUCGCUUAUACCUACGACGCCUUCUUCGUUAGCGAUGGACGUUCGAAGCGGCGAAGUUAUGCAAAUGUACCAGUCGAAGGCCCACCACCACCCGAGCCCAAAUCUAAGUACACAUGCAGCGAGUGCGGUAAACGAUAUGCCACUUCGUCGAAUUUAUCACGGCACAAACAAACGCACCGUAGCCUCGACUCGAUGUCGGCUAAGCGAUGCGGCGAGUGCGGCAAGGCCUAUGUGUCAAUGCCAGCGCUGGCUAUGCACGUGCUCACACACCAACUGUCCCACGUGUGCGGAGUGUGCGGCAAGUUAUUUUCGCGACCGUGGCUGCUACAGGGCCACCUGCGCUCGCAUACUGGCGAGAAACCAUACGGCUGCGCUCACUGUGGUAAAGCUUUCGCGGACCGUUCUAAUCUACGCGCACACAUGCAAACGCACUCCUCCGACAAAAACUUCGAAUGUACUCGCUGCCACAAAACAUUUGCGCUAAAGAGCUACCUCAAUAAACACCAGGAGUCGGCCUGCGUGCGCGAUGAAGAUGCGCCACCCGACGCGCCUGCCUCUGCGUCAGGCUAGAAGUGCAAGAACGCACGCACACGCAACUAGGGACCGUAACUGCUGGUAAACUUAAAGUAUUAAUAUGAAUUUAGCAUGUUAGCGUAAUAUUAUAAAUUUUACAAAUUUAAAUCUAGAAUUGCCCGUGUCCGCCGACGCAGUGAUACCUUUCGUGAGAUCGUGAGACGGCGGGCGCGAGCACCACAAUCGAGCAACGUUUCGCAAACAACGAAUCACGUACGACCCCGUAGUGCCGCGGCUGUCGCGGUGAUAGGCCGUAGCAACAGACGUCCCGACUUACACUUUAAUUGUGUAUAUAUUCGUCGAUAAAAUAUACCCUUAUAUACAUAGAUGUAUUGAAAUAUGAAUGAAAAGUAAUAUCUUUUGUAGGUGAUUUUUACAACCGCAAAGUAGGUUAUAGAAGAUAGGGUGUAAGUUUAGGUGUGAUAUGCGAGCGCCGCGCGCCGAGUCGGUCGAGCCGGCGGCUGCGCCGGGCGCCCGCGUCCUCGUCUCACCGAGGAAUUUGCCAAAACUUUCCGUCCGAAGGUCCGCACAUGCCGCCGCGCCCGGCCCUCUAGCGCCGGCCCGAGAUACGCGCAGGCGGCCAUCGCACCGUCAGUGCACCGCAACACGGUCAAAGGCCACGACGGCCUCCUGCGCGCCGCCGUGGCUGCACAUUGCUGGCCUGGGACAGUGCCUUAGCGGCGCCCGCGCGCCGCAUCCGCCCCGCCGCCCAGCUACCAUUACCGCCUGCGCACUGUUUACUGCGCACAAUUUAUCUUCACAGAAAAAAUAAUCAUCUCAUAAAUUUGGCGAUCACCAAAUAUUUAAGCCUAGCGUAGCGUCUACAAAAAAUUAAAUAAUGAAGUAACACUUCACAAAGAAUU